CUAACCCCUUUUAUUUUAGACUGGAGCCAUGAGAAAGUUUCCUGAAAACCCGAAAAACUGUAAUCCAAUACAGUUAAUAAAUCAAAUGAAGCCUGGUGUAAAAUUUGUUGAAACAAUAAUUAGUUCAAAAACUAAUUUUUUUUUUCAAGUAAACUGUGUAAUAGACGAUGUUCCAUUCACUGGACAAGGAUCGACAAAAAAAGCAGCCAAAAAGGAAUGCUGUAUUGCAGCAAUAAAAAGUAUUUGGCAAUUUGAUUUCCAUGCCAUAGAAGAUAAUUAACUCAUUAAGAAUUAAAUUUGAUAUUUAUAAUAAUAUACGUUUGUGUACUAGUUA